UCGUGACCCGACAGCGGUACAUUACAGGUGAGCUCUCGGCGGGAGCGACCUUGGUUGCGAGAAUAGGAAAGGUUUGAUAAGAAAAAGGCUGCUCGCGUCUGCCUCGCUGGAGCUCCGGCGGUUUCGCGAGUCCCAAUCUGGUCUCCAGCGGCAUACUCCCCUGUCUUCUCCACGGCGACGGCCUCGGCCGCUGUGCUCGUACGACGCCCGCACCAUCCGUACGUUCUCUCUCCGUCUCCGCUACUAGUGUGACUCUUGCUUGCGUCGCCGCUGUUUCACGUUCUGAAAUCCGAACCAGAGGGGAAAAGCAUAAAAGUGUGGAGAGAAAGCUUGCAAGGAAAGGGAGAAAUUAGUACCUGGCCUGACCCACUAGCGACGGCAAAAGGCAAAAGAAAAGAAAGGAGUGCAGCGUAAGUUUCUACUUCACGCCCGCUUCUGAGUUGCUGGUUGUUGUCGAUAGAAGAAUUCCUGACUUCCCCCUAGCCUGAAGUCCUCCACCAAGACGUUUCAAGAUCUCUCCCUGGUCUCCAUUCUCGUCGUUUCGGUUACUCAACUCUGCAUACUUACGUCUCUAGGGAGAUGGGUAUUGAUACAUAGUUGAGAGGAAGUUAUGGCUACACUUGCUGACAUCGGGCUUGCUGCAGCUAUCAACAUACUAAGUGCCUUUGCAUUCCUUCUGGCAUUCGCUGUACUACGUCUGCAGCCAAUAAAUGAUAGGGUUUACUUUCCUAAAUGGUAUCUUAAAGGUGUAAGAAGCAGCCCAAUACAUUCUGGAACAUUUGUGAGGAAGUUUGUCAAUUUAGACUUGCGUUCCUAUUUGAGGUUCUUGGGAUGGAUGCCAGCUGCCCUCAAAAUGCCGGAACCUGAGCUAAUAGAACAUGCGGGACUUGAUUCUUCUGUUUACCUGCGAAUAUACUUGAUUGGGCUUAAAAUCUUUGUUCCUAUCACAAUCCUGGCAUUUGCUGUGCUUGUGCCGGUCAACUGGACCAAUACCACUCUGGAGAAUUCAAAAGUAGAAUAUAGUGACAUAGACAAGCUUUCUAUAUCAAAUAUCCCUAAUAGAUCGCAAAGAUUUUGGGCCCAUUUGGUGAUGGCAUAUGUGUUUUCCUUUUGGACCUGCUAUGUGUUGUUUAAAGAGUACGAAAUUAUUGCAUCAAUGAGGUUGCAUUUUCUUGCAUCAGAGAAGCGUCGUCCUGAUCAAUUUACUGUCCUUGUACAGAAUGUGCCACCCGAUCCGGAUGAGUCUGUCAGUGAGCUAGUUGAACAUUUUUUCCUUGUCAAUCAUCGUGAUCAUUAUUUAACUCAUCAGGUUGUGUAUAAUGCAAACAAACUUGCUAAGCUAGUCAAAGAGAAAAAACAAAUGCAGAAUUGGCUUGACUACUAUCAACUCAAAUAUGAUCGGAAUCCAUCUAAAAGGCCAACCACAAAGACUGGUUUUCUUGGAUUAUGUGGUGACAAGGUGGAUGCAAUAGAAUUUUACACAUCUGAGGUUGAGAGGCUAUCUAAAAAAGCGGCCACAGAGCGUGAAAAGGUUAAAAAGGAUCCUAAGUCUGUUAUGCCAGCGGCAUUUGUUUCAUUUCGAACACGAUGGGGGGCAGCUGUUUGUGCUCAGACACAGCAAACCCGGAAUCCAACCCUAUGGUUAACUAAGUGGGCUCCAGAGCCUCGUGAUGUUUAUUGGCAGAAUCUUGCCAUGCCUUUCGUCUCCCUCACAGUCAGAAGGUUGAUCAUAGCAGUAGCAUUCUUCUUUCUUACCUUCUUUUUUAUGAUUCCAAUAGCCUUUGUGCAAUCUCUUGCUAAUAUUGAGGGGAUCGAGAAAGCUGUUCCUUUUCUAAAGCCCAUAAUUGAAGUGCACAUUAUUAAGUCGUUCAUCCAAGGGUUUCUUCCUGGAAUUGCUCUGAAGAUCUUUCUUAUAUUUCUGCCAACAAUACUAAUGCUUAUGUCCAAGUUUGAAGGAUUUAUAUCCUUGUCAGCUUUGGAGAGAAGAUCUGCAUCCAAAUAUUACCUUUUCUUACUUGUUAAUGUAUUUCUAGGGAGCAUAGUCGCUGGAACUGCAUUUCAGCAACUGCAUACCUUUAUGCAUCAGUCGGCAAAUGAAAUUCCAAAAACAAUUGGUGUAUCCAUUCCUAUGAAAGCAACUUUCUUCAUAAGCUAUAUCAUGGUUGAUGGUUGGGCUGGAAUUGCUGGGGAAAUUUUAAGAUUGAAACCUCUAAUAGUAUUCCACUUGAAGAAUUUCUUCCUGGUAAAGACUGAAAAGGAUAGGGAAGAGGCCAUGGAUCCAGGAAGUAUUGAGUUUGGUUCAUCUGAGCCUCAAAUACAGCUAUAUUUCUUACUUGGCCUUGUCUAUGCUGUGGUCACACCAUUCUUACUUCCUUUCAUCAUAAUAUUUUUUGGUCUGGCAUAUGCUGUUUUCCGUCAUCAGAUCAUUAAUGUCUACAAUCAAGAAUACGAAAGUGGCGCAGCCUUUUGGCCAGAUGUCCAUGGUCGCAUAAUCACUGCAUUAAUAAUAUCACAGCUGCUUCUACUUGGAUUGCUAAGUACAAAAGAAGCUGCUCAGUCAACACCUUUUCUCAUUGCACUUCCUAUAUUGACCAUAUGGUUUCACAGGUUUUGCAAGAGCCGCUAUGAACCUGCUUUUGUUAAAUAUCCACUUCAGGAAGCCAUGAUGAAAGAUACAUUAGAACGUGCCAAGGAGCCAAACCUAGACUUGAAAGCAUACCUAGUAAAUGCAUACGUACACCCAGUAUUCAAAGAUGGAGAUGAGGACGACAGUUUUUCAGUUGAUGAGGAGGUAGUGUAUGACAAUGUGCUGGUACCUACCAAGCGUCAGUCUCGUAGGAAUACACCAGCCCAUAGUAGAUACAAUGGUUCAUCAUCACCGUCCCUGUCUGAUGCUAUCCAGGAACUAUAGCAUAGCAUGGUGCUAUAUACCAUUGUGAUAUGUUAUCUUGUACAUCAAUACCGCAAUAGAAAGUGGGAUGGGUGAAAUGGCCAGCCUUGCAUGUGCAUCAGUAUGUUUUCCUUUGAGCAAAAGAUAUAUGGGUGUUGUAUAUCUUGGUCCGGUGUUAUGCCUCAAUUCCAUGUCGUGGAACAGCCUUGAAAUGUGUCAACAUGGAAAGGAAUCACAAAAAAUGUAACUGUUAUUUGCAAUCAAUUACAAGCUUGUUGUGUGAUUUGAUAGUUCA